AUGGACAUAUUUAUGCCUGUCGCAAGCACUUAUAGACCAUCAAUUCAGAAGCAACGGCAGGCGCAGGCACAGGCCGGCGGCGAUGGCAACAAGGACAAGACGGACAAUGCAGAAAGACAAGCAGUGGAUGCACCAGGCCGAGCUGGUAGCUCAUCGGCGGCGGCACCUGGAAAGACACGCAUUCGCUCCAAGUCCCGCUCCAGGUCCAAGUCGAGGACAAGGACGAGGAAAGGUCUUCAAAGACGGGUGCGGCGGUUUGGGCACAACGACAGCGAUUCCGAGAGCAAUCAGGCUCAGGCAAUUGGCGGCAGAGGUAGUAGAGCUGGGCCAUCAUAUGGCGACGUGGACGAGCAGCGCAGCAAUAUGGCGCAGGACAAGGACACGGGAAGAAGAGCGGUACUCACCCCAACGACUCCAUCGAGCAUAACGACUCCAACAGGUUUGAGGGAGGAAGCGCUGCGUAAUGGCGCCGAUGACCCUGCAUCAUUUGUAUCCGCCAGCAGUGGAAGUUUGUGGAAAAAGCAGUCGACGAAGAAGCAGCAGCAGAAGAAAGGGCGAGGAUUCAGUUUCAUCAAUACAAGCGGCGGCGGCGGCGGCGGCGGCAGCAGCAGCAGCAGCAGCAGCAGCAGCGGUGCCUUCUCCAGUGGUCGCGGGCUGGAUCCGCAGCGCCUGGAUUUGAGCCACAGCGGCGCAAGCGUGCCGUCGGGAAAUGCGACAGCGGUUGCCAGCCCGUCCAAUCUGCCCAGAUGGGGAGGCAGAAGCACUAGCAGUAGCACUGGGCAAGCUGGGGGGCAUACUGGAACAACAUGCAACGACGCAAUCCUAAACCCUGUAGCCCCGCCAGAGCCAAUUGCCCCCUUCACCACCACCACUACUGGUGCAAACACAACGUCGUCCCCCCAUUCCUCUCUGUCCAAGACAUCUUCAUCGUCGGAUGGCAGAAUCAGCGCCAGCCAACAGAUCAGUCAACACCCUCCAAAUCCUCACCCGUCUGCGCCUGCUUCUGUGAGAGCCCGUGCUGCUAGCCUCGGUGCAUCGGUCGCCGGCAUCAAUCGCCAGCCUGCGGGCUCCGCCGCAACUGACGUUUCCUCCUCCUUCUCCUCCUCUUCCGCUCCCGCUUCAGCUGUCGUGGUCGCUGCUGCUCGUGGACGAAUCAACAGAGACAUCUUCCCUUCUUCGCUUGCCACUGCUGCCCCCACUACCAAUUAUUCUGCAAGACAAAGUACUACGGCGAUACCGUCACGUCUUACUGCCCAUGGUUCUCGCUCCGCUGCAUUAGCAAGCUCAGAUUCCGAGCCCCUGGCCGCGACACCCUCGCCCCCGGGCGCAGCCCUCCUUCUUGGCCUAGGUGCUGGCGCUGGCGCUGGCAUCUUGCCGCCAGACAGAGGCGCUCAGAGACGGCACUCUUCAAACCAUUAUGCCGCCAUGCUAUCUGAUGCUCAAAGCGCCUUGCCUACCAAGUCCUCCAACUCUGCUGCAGCUUAUCGCCGUACCGGUAGCGUCUCGUCUGCGUCCGUCUCGGGACCCCCUCACCUCCACCGUACCGGCAUCAUGACCUCCUCCGAGAACCUUCCUCCCUCCUCUCACGAGGGUUCUGUUUCAGCCUCUAAUUUAUCGGCGACGUCCAACCUAGCGCUCAAGAACCGCGUCAAUGUCAGUCCCAAGCCACUGGUCGUCCGCAACGGCCGUACCUAUAUCCACGACGAUCAGCUACCAUACCCUUUGCCUGUGGAUCUUGCAGAGUUGCACCGCCAAUCACUUCGUACGCUCCUGCUGUUUCAGCUCUUUGGUGGCCCUAUCAUUUCCGAUGCCUUUGCUUCAAAGCCCCCCCAGCGCAUCCUCGAAGUGGGCUGUGGUUCGGGCUUCUGGAGCAUGAUGUGCCACCGCUAUUUUGCUCAGCAUGGUCAUGGUGGAGUCUCCUUCACCGGAAUCGAUAUUGUUCCUCUCUGUGGCACUGGCCCUGAUCCUAACUCCAAACCAGACAAGGAUAUGAACUGGCGCUUUGUCCAGCACGACAUGCGCCGAACCCCGUGGCCCUUCCAAGACGGUGAAUUUGACCUGGUCAUGGUCAAGGACAUGUCGUGCGCCGCGCCCGGUCAGUUUUCUCAGAUCUUCAUGGACGAAUACCUGCGCUUGCUCCGGCCUGGCGGUGUGUUGGAGAUAUGGGAGACGGAUAUGAGCAUGCGCAUGUUGAGGCCGCAUGUGCCUGCGACAUCAACGGCUGCUACAGCUGCCGCAGCUCCACCUAUCCCUGCUACCUCUGCCGCCGAGGAUAGCGAGUCUGGAAGCGAGGAUGAAGACGAUGCCACCCGACUGGGCGUAUAUGUCGUUUCGGCAAACACACCAUUGUCGGCACCUUUGAAUCAAUUCCUGGUCGAGUAUAACGGCUGGCUGAGCAAGGCCCUGGAUAAGCGUUUCCUCUCAGCCGUCCCUUGCACCAUGAUCGGUCCCAUGCUGCUUCAGGAAGACGGCCUCAUUGAGGUACGGUCCAAGCGUAUGGCGGUCCCGCUGUCCGAGGUGCGCUGGGAGCGUGAGGGCGUUGGUGGUGUGGUCACCAAGGACGGAAAGAGCUACAUUGACAGCAUGAAGGGUAAGGGAAAAGCCAGCGACCACAAGGGUGGCAAGGGCGGAAAGUCUUUGACGGCUGCUCAGGCAGCCAUACGAAGAACAGCGCUCGAAACCAGUGUUGGUUUGAUCCAGGCACUCGAGCCCAUGCUGCGCGAUGUGAGCGGCAAGAGCCAAGACGAAUGGGAUGGCUGGACGGGCAAGAUGAUGAAUGAUCUACUAAGAGAUGGCGGCACGAGCUGGGGUGAGUGUCUGGAGAUUGGUGCCUGGAGUGCCAGGAGGAAGAAUUAA